AUGAUACCUAAAUAUCUUUCAGAAUCCGGUGAUUUGCUAUCACUACCUAAAGUUCUCAGUUUAACUGAUAGUCAUAUUGCAGCUGCUGGUAAUGUAGAAGAAAUAGAAAGAAUGUGUCAUGAUGUAUGUGAAUUGGACCUUACUAAAAAUGCCUUAACUAACUGGGAAGAGAUUUUAAAGAUUUUAGAAAGAAUCCCUGGUUUAAAUUUCUUGAAUUUGACAUCAAAUGAUUUACAAUCAACUUUACAAUUAGGAAGUGAUGACUUGUGUUUUCCUACUGUCAACCAUCUUGUUGUUAAUAAUACUGGUGUAACAUGGUCUACUGUAGACUCUCUUCUCCAGCUAUUUCCUGAACUCACAGAACUACAUUUAAGUUUAAACAACUACACAAAUAUAGACUUUUCUUUAGAUGAACCAUACUCAGCACUUAAAACUCUGCAUUUUAAUGGAAACAAUGUACAUUCCUAUCAUGAAAUCUGUAAAAUUGGUUAUAAUUUCCCUAAUAUGGAAAGAUUUGUGAUGACAGAGAAUAAUAUUAGUUCUAUACAACCAGAAGAUGUUCUGCCUGAUGCCUUUCCAUCUUUACAAUGUCUCAACCUCAAUAAAACACCAUUACAAGACUGGCAAGAACUAGACAAACUCCGUAAAUUUCCAAAGUUAAAAGAUGUUCGUUUGUUAAAGAUUCCUUGUUUUGAGACAUUAGAUGAUAAUUUACGACGUCAACUACAAAUAGCUAGACUACCAAAUUUAACACAUUUAAAUGGAAGUAGAAUUGCUGAAACUGAGAGAGAAGAUGCUGAACGAGCAUUUAUAAGACAUUAUAUGGAUAAAGAUGAUAAUCAUAAACCUCAACGAUAUUAUGAAUUAGAAAGAGUAUACGGAAAACUAGAUCCCUUAGUGGAACUAGACCUUAAACCAAAAACACAUUUUUCUGUCACAGUUCAAUUUGAAAGUGAAGAAAAGAAAAUCAAAGUGGACACAAACAAAACAGUGGCACAAUUAAAAAAAUCUUUGGAAGAAUUUGUGGGUGUUCCUCCAUCAAAAUUCAGACUAUUUUAUGUAGCAGAGGAAUAUUAUAACUCAGAUAGUUCUGGUUAUGGUUCAGAAGAAAUGAAAUAUGGUACAAGACAGUUGUAUCGAUACAAUAUAAAUAAUGGAGACUAUUUUCUUGUUGUUUUAAAGUGA